AUGGCCUUUAUCACAGUCACAAUUUCGUCCUCGAUCGCAAAGACUGGAGACAACACGAGUGGUGAUCCAGCCAACAACAACGGCAAUAACGCAGAGACGAGCCUCCUUAGCAAUGGCAGCAGCGGACGGCGAGAAAUCAAAAAAGUGAUGAAGCUGUACACUGUUGAGAAGGCUCCAAUGGCUGAAUUAUACCCCUCGCUAACGCAAUGCGCCAUCGUCGCUGCUGCGUUCAAGGUUCUGCUUUUCCCCGCAUAUAAAUCUACCGAUUUUGAGGUUCAUCGGAACUGGCUCGCCAUAACCCACUCCCUUCCUGUUCAAGAAUGGUAUUACGAGAAAUCCUCCGAAUGGACACUCGAUUACCCGCCAUUCUUUGCAGCUUUUGAAUGGCUGUUGUCCCAAGCAGCCGCAUAUGUGGAUCCUGCGAUGUUGGUGGUGAAGAACCUGGGCUAUGACUCGUGGCAGACCGUGUACUUUCAGAGAGCAACUGUCAUUUUGACGGAAUUCGUUCUUGUAUACGCGCUAAGUCGAUUCGUCAAGUCCGUCCCUUUGCCAAACAGGCUGGCUGCGCAUGUGGCUAGUCUUUCCAUUUUGCUAUCCCCGGGCCUCUUCAUAAUCGACCACAUCCAUUUCCAAUACAAUGGGUUCAUGUACGGCGUUUUGAUUCUGUCAAUUGUCUUGGCCCGCAAGCAAUCGACUCUUCUCUACAGUGGGAUCCUGUUCGCAGUCCUGUUGUGCAUGAAACAUAUCUAUCUCUACCUUGCCCUCGCAUACUUCGUCUACCUCCUGCGCGCCUACUGUCUGGAUCCUAGAUCGGUAUUCCGCCCUCGUUUCGGAAACAUUUUCAAGCUUGGAGUGUGUGUGGUUGGUGUGUUCGCGGUUGCUUUCGGUCCCUUUGCGCAAUGGGGUCAGUUGCUGCAACUCAAGGAUAGACUCUUCCCAUUCUCCCGGGGGCUGUGCCAUGCCUAUUGGGCUCCGAAUAUUUGGGCAAUGUACUCGUUCACUGAUCGAGCUUUGAUUCCACUUGCUCCAAGACUGGGACUCCCUGUGAACACCGACGCCUUGAACAGUGUUACGCGAGGACUUGUGGGAGAUACUUCCUUUGCCAUUCUUCCCGAGGUCACCAAGGAGCAUACCUUCUUGCUAACCUUCUUGUUCCAACUGAUCCCUCUAGUCAAGCUCUGGUUCCGUCCAGACUGGGAUACUUUCGUCGGAGCAAUCACACUCUGUGGCUACGCAUCCUUCCUUUUCGGCUGGCAUGUACACGAGAAGGCCAUUCUCCUAAUCAUCAUCCCCUUCAGCCUCAUCGCACUCAAGGACCGUCGGUACUUCAGCGCCUUUCGGCCUCUGGCAGUGGCAGGACACGUCUCACUCUUCCCAUUGUUAUUCACAGCAGCCGAGUUCCCCCUAAAGACUGUUUACACGGUGCUGUGGUUGGUGCUAUUCCUCUUCGUCUUUGACCAAGUCGCGCCCGUCCCAGAGCGGCCCCGUAUCUUCGUCUUUGAUCGGCUGGCGCUACUUUACUUGACCAUCUCCAUCCCUCUGAUUGUGUACUGCUCUCUGGGCCACCAAUUGAUCUUCGGUUGGGACCGACUCGAAUUUCUGCCCUUGAUGUUUAUGAGCAGUUAUUCCGCGCUCGGAGUGGUCGGAAGCUGGGUACUCUUCAAACGCAAACCGGUUCAAUACCUCCCACAAACAGUCAUUGAAGAUGACAGCUCCGAGGUUUGGGUCAUUCCAGAGACUAACGAGGUCUUCACCACCUACGAGCCCUACCUCCAGCGAAUGGAUUUCUACAAGCAACGCCGAUUCAUUUGCGAGAUCACCGGCCACUCGGGGUUGACAUUUUUCGAGGCACUGCGGAGUGAGACUGAGGAAUCGCGUGAAGUGAACAACAGUUUCCCAGAUGCGCUGAGAGAACCUAUUCUCCGCCGAAUCCAAUUCUCCACAGUCUCAAGGGUUGACAGUCUAGUGGACGAGAUUUACGAAGAAUUCAAAUCAGACUUCUAUCCCGGCGAAGCCGUUCUAAUCUUGCUGGAGGAUAGCACCCGGCUUCAUGGUACUAUUCGGGACAAGGCCAACUUCGCUGAACAGCUGUUUGCCGACGGAACUAUUAGAACGCCUGCUUUCGCCCGUUAUCUGGUCAAGAUCCUAGACCGGCAAAAUGAGGAGGCCCUGCUGGAUCAGGACCACAUCACACGCGACCGAAAGGCAUUCACCAAGUUGAUGCUGCGCGGCUUUAUCAAGAAUAAUGUCACCAGGGAGUCAUGGACCGGUGCUCCUUGGUUGGUCAAGCCUUCUGUCGCCGAGGAGUACAAGAUCCCAAUCGAGGUACCCAAGCAUCUGCAAUACGGCGCCAAGGUAGCAGAGAAGAAGGCAAUGAAGAAGGCAGACCAAGACGGCUUCUUCGGUUUCUUCUCUUCUCAACAACUCCCUGAAUUGAAACCAGCCACAAAGGGACAGAAGUCCAAGUUGUCUGCACACGACAUGGCGAAGUCGAGGGAAGCGCAGUACCAGGAGUAUCAGCGAUCACUGAAUGGCAAUCCGUCAUUCCUGCUCCCCUCUAACCCCUUGCGUCCCACCAAGCCGCCACUGGUUGGCGAUCGGAAGUUUUCUGCAGGUGGGAGCCCUUAUGUUGUCAUCAAGAAUGAAUCAAGACCGCCCACCCCACCACCCAUCAAGUAUCCCAUUGAGGAUCUGGAUCUUGCUCCUAAUCAGGAGAGGCAACAUCGUCCUACUUUGAAGUUUUUGAUGGUGGGUGAGUCCGAAGAUGACGGAACCGAAGACCUCCUGCCAGAUGAUCUUGAGCCUGAAACGGUGGGAUUACUUCUGGAGACCUGGAAUACACUUAAUGUUUACUGCGAGGUGUUCGAACUGGAUUCCUUCACUUUUGACGACUUCGUCCAAGCUAUGCGAUUUUCGUCAGAGGAGAUGGACUGCGAGUUGUUUGUGGAGAUCCAUUGCGCCGUUCUCAAGAAACUGGUCAAUGCGACGGGGGAUGAGGGCGGUGCUGUUCAAGUUUCUCUCCCUGACUUCCCAGUUGAUGACUCGGAUGAGUCCGACGAAGAAGAUGAAGACGAAGACGAGGAAGAACCCCCUAAGCCGGCUGCCGGGCCCGGUAGAAUGACUACCAGAAGAAGCCUGGCCAUGGAGGAGGCACAGACCAUCAAAUCGCAUAUCGGCGACGACGAUGAAGGAGACGAGACCAAGAUUCACCGUGCUGCCGAGAUGUUCGAAAAGUACGGCUGGAUUGAGCGUCUUCGCAAACGUGACUUCCGCAACGGUGGGUGGCAGAUGGUGAUGAUCGGUCUGUUGCACCAGAUGUCAGCCCGUCCCCGUUCAGAGCAGACUUGCAACGAUAUCCUCAAACACUUGGCGCCUCUCGAUGCAGAGCCUACCCAGUACACCGCGCUGGAGCAAUACCGCACUCUCGAUAUCAACAUGCGCACCAAGGCCCUGCAGAUCAUUUGCAUGCUCAGCCUGGAAACCAAGGCGAUCCGUAAUUAUCUGGAAGAAUGCAGCAACCAGAUGACGGAAUUGCGCAAGGAGAAAAUCGAGUACCAGAAGGCGCGCAAAGCAGCACUUAUCGAGCUCCGUCAACUUCAUCAGGAGCGCAAGGCCAUCCAGCCCGAGCCCGAAAAGAACGGAAAGUCCCCCACACCCGUUCCCGAACUGGAUGGGCUGGAUGAUUCUAGGAUGACUGGCCUGGAAGGCGAUUCUGAAAUGCCUGUCGAUACUGAAGACGAGGAUACCCCUCGGCCACGUGCGCUUCGGGGAGGUCCCGAUCGUGCCCUCGAGCGCAAACGCAAGCAAGAACUGGAGAAAGAGCGAAAGGAGCAGCUUGCGAAGCAACCAAAGGGGUCGAAACAAUACCAACGAGUCCUGAAGAAGAUCGAUGACCAGAAGGCCAAGGUCGACAAACUCCAGGAUGAGAUCGAGACGGUUGAAAACAACCUUCGCGAGGCCGAUUGCCCCCGAACCCGAUGCCUUGGACAGGAUCGUUUCUGCAACCGCUACUGGUGGUUCGAGCGGAACGCAAUGCCCUACGAGGGCAUGCCAGAAAGUUCGACUGCAGAGGCACUAUACGCUAAUGGUCGUCUGUGGGUACAAGGUCCGGAUGCAAUGGAGCACGCCGGCUUCAUCGACAUGACCGAGGAGCAGCGCAAGCAAUACCAGAGGCACUUCGGGACCACUCCAGCGGAGCGCAAGAAGCACGAGGAGGGACCGACCCAUCUGUCCAAUGCCCGUGAAUGGGGCUACUACGAGGACCCGGAUGCCAUUGACCAGCUUACCGAAUGGCUAGACCCGCGCGGCAACCGAGAGUCCAAGCUGCUGAAGGAGCUCCUGCAGCAGCAGGACUAUAUCGCCAAGUACAUGAAGAACCGCCAGGCGUACCUGACCCGGACCGCGGAGAGGGCGGAGUCGGAGGAUAUCCCAGCCAAACGUGUGACCACUCGCACCAAAACCUAUAUGGAUGUAAACAAACACGGUCUCCGUUGUCUGCACUGGAAGAACAACACCGCCCUGUCCGAGAAUGGCCAUCUCCACGUUGACCCUGACCGGCCUGCCAAGCGCACCAAGCGGGUUUCCGAUGACACCAGGGAGACCAAGGCGAAGACCUUGACUCGACAGAGCUCCCGGCGCAACCGUUGA